CACCGCGCGAGAGCGAGCCAGCCCCGUGGAGUUUUCACAGCGAGUGUUUCCGCUCACCUAAAAUAAAGAGCUCGCUGAGUCGAGGAAGAGGAACAAGCGGAGCGGCUCUGACGGAACUUGACUCCGAGGACGUCGUAUUUUUAUAUUUCCACACUCAAGUCCGAGCGUCUCCAUUUACACAGCCUUUAAUGCCUCGAAUGUGAACCUAGAGAGAGGAGGGCUCGCUGCUGCUGGUAACCUUUACGUUGGUUAAGCUGUAGAGGACUCUCCCUGGCUGUCGGAGGAAAAGAUGUGCGAUGGAAUGGUAGCGUUUCAGAUGAGAGCCCUGUCCUCCUCUUCUUCAUCCUCUACCUCCUCCUCCUCUCCAGCUCACAGGCUGGCUGCCUCCGUGCUUCUCCUCCUCUUCAUCCUGCUCCCUCAUGGUCACGCAUUAGGUUGUAUGCGGCCGCCUGGUGUGCAGCACGGAUACCUGCUGAACCAGACCGAAUCCAACCGGGGCUCUUUCCCACCUGGUACCGUGCUAGUAUAUGGCUGUAAUUCUGGAUACAUUGCAGAGUCUGGAUCCGCAUCCAUCGUAUGCACCACUUCUGGAAGCUGGUCCCAAAAACUGCCACGCUGCAUCAAAAACAACGUAUGUUCACCUCCUACCGAACCAGAGAACGGGGGCUACCGCUGUCACCCGACUCACUGCAGCCCUCUCAUCGAAGGCACCGUCAUCGAGUACUUCUGUGACGAGGGUUACGCUCUGAAAGCAGAGUACAAGUUCCUCACCUGCCGAAACGGCGAGUGGGACCGCCCCAUGCAGAUUAGCUGCCGACUCACAGAAGAGAAGGAGCAGAGUUCGCCGCUGGGCACACCUGCUCUGCCUAUUGUGAUAUCCACAGCCAGUUCUGUGGCAUUCAUCCUGCUUUUAGUGGUGCUGUUUGUUCUUGUACAACCAAAGCUCAAGUCCUUCCAUCACAGCAGGAGGGAGCAAGGAGUGUCAGGCCAAGCCAGCUCCAUCAUGGUAGAGGGCGUCCAGGUGACAUUGCCCUCCUAUGAGGAGGCAGUAUAUGGAAGCAGUGGACCGUGUGGUGAUUCUGGUCCUCCUCCUCCUUCUUCGCCACCGCCUCCAGCUCCUCCAGAGUCUCGAGUUCCAAUCGUGCUCUCUGAAGGGCUUCCUCAGGGGGCCACAGGAGGUCAUAGUUCUGGGAGAACCCGCCACCACAGAGACUUAGACUUCUGCCUCCCAUCCACCUCCUCCUCCUCAUCCUUCUCCUCCCGCCGUCAUGCAGAGACGGUACUGGUUCACCAGGCCCCCUCCUCCUCCUCCUCCUCUUCAUCAUCAUGGGCUAGAGAGCACCCUGGGGGUGCAUGCGCAGGUCCCCUACCUCUCCGUAGAGACUCUGAGAGCAGCGACCAGCACAGCCUGCUUUCUGUCACCUCAGCGGAUGAUUUUUGUGAUGAUAUUCCCCUGUUGAAGGAAGCAUGAAGCCUGCUGGCCUGCUAUCAGCAUCAGCAGCAGAGCAUCUCUUUCCCUAUCUCUCGCUGCUGGCCAGAACUGACUGUGGCUGUCAACCUUCUUCCCCCCAAAUCGUCCCACCUGCCCCACUGCAGCCAGCAGAGAAAAGACUAGAACUAUGCCCUUUCCCUAUUGCAACC